AUUCAAAAAAAAAAAAAAAAACAACUAAAAUCACACAAACUAAACCCAUUCUCUCUCUGUCUAGAGGGUGUUUUCAUGGAAGACGUAGCACAGGUGGCGGGUGUGGACGCCUUGGGCCUGAUCAACCUGAUCGUGGCGGCGGCCCGAAACGCCACCACUCACCGGCACAAUUGCGAGCACCUGGCUGCUCACGUGAGGAUGGUCGGAAACUUGCUGGAGAAGCUGAAAUCGACGGACCUGAGGACUUUUCCGGCCACUGGAGAGCCGUUGGAUCUGCUGGAGGAGGCGCUGAGGAAGGCUCUCGAUUUGGUGGAGAGUUGCAGAGAGAAGAGUUAUCUCUACAUGCUUGCCAUGGGGUGGAGCGUAGUGUAUCAGUUCCGUCGGGUUCAGAAUCAGAUCGAUCGGUAUUUGAAGCUUGUGCCGUUGAUCUCGCUGGUCCAUGAGUAUAGGAUGCAGAAUUUGAAGGACAGCUUGGAAGCCAUUGAAGAGGACCAUAGAGAAUACACCCUCGAUGAAGACGAUAUGGAGGCCCAGGGAGUUAUAUUAAAAAAAAAUUUCACUAAGAAAGAUGCAAACAUAUUAGAGAAUUCUCUGUCUCGUAGAUAUCCUGAGCUUGAAUUCCACGAGGCUCUUCAGGAGGAGAAGGAGAAGCUGCAUGUUGAGUUGCAUCGGUCCAUAGUGAAAAAUGACCCGAAGGAAUGCCAAGUAAUUGAACACCUUAUUGAAGUUACAGAAAAUGUUGUUAAUGUGCCAACAGGAAAGAAGCUUUCCCUGGAUGUAUUGACUUAUUCAGGAUCCGGGUAUGGAACAACCACAAAAUCCAGUGAUGGGGCUAAUGAUUUAAAACCUAAAAAUCAAGUUAAAUCCGUGUGGCAAACCGAUCUCUUUGACUGUUGCAGUGAGCCUUGUCUAAGUUUGAAGGCCUGCAUCUAUCCCUGUGGAAUAUUUUCACGCAUAGCUCAUGUGUCCUCGAAAGGAAAUACAUCUCGUGAACGCGCAUGCAAUGAUCUUAUGGCAUACUCCCUAUGCUGUUGUUGUUGCUGUUACACUUGUUGUGUUAGAAGGAAGCUGCGCAAACUUUUUAACAUUGAGGGAGGUGCAUGCGAUGACUUCUUAACUCAUCUUAUGUGUUGUUGCUGUGCAAUGGUCCAGGAAUGGCGUGAGCUUGAAAUGAGGGGCUUUGAAGGUUACCCAGGAAGAAAUAUGAUUCCACCACCAUACCAAUAUAUGAAGCCUUAAAAAGUGCCUUGUCAAUGUAGUGAGUUCAAGACUUAAAGUUCAUUGCCUACUCUUGUAUGUUGAUCUUCUUUUGUGCAUUCCUUGUAUCUAUUGUGUUCACAAUUUAAAUAUGUAUACAGAAAAUAUAAUCAUGCUAGAUAGAGAGAGAGAGAGAGAGAGGAAUCAAAUAGUAGUGUAAAUCAAGAAAUUUAGGUUUUGUGAAUACAAAUUGUAGACUAUAUAUACAAGAAGCAAAACGGUGAGUACCACUUGGUGUUCUAUUAGGAUGCUUGCCUUGGGCUUCUCUUUAAGUUCAAAACUUGACAGACCUAUGGGAUGCACUAUGGUUCCUGUUUAGUU